AAAGGGUCUUGGGGAAAAUUUACGAAUACGAAGAAUAUACAAAGUCGUUUCUACCCUACUAGGCGACAAAAUAAGUAAGGGCAUCUAUGACAUUUCAAUUUGAUAGGAGAUUGACAGAUAGAGAACAGGACGAACUAGGAACCAUGUUGGUAACAUAUCUGGGAGAGAUGACGUCACCCCACCACCACAACUUAAAAGGAGGAGAACGGUAAGCAUCAGAAUCCAAAAACGUCUCUAUCUCUCUCCUUCUCUCGCUCUGUUACGCUCUUGAGUCUUGGCAACAAUGGCAGAUCAGAACCAGAAAGCAGAAAUCUUUGAGCUGAACAAUGGGACCAUGCGUGUCUUCAUCACUAACUAUGGCUGCACCAUCACCUCCUUAUCUGUUCCUGGAAAAGAUGGAAAAUUGGCUGAUGUUGUUCUUGGAUUCGACUCAGUUGACCCGUAUAUGCAAGGGCUUGCUCCUUAUUUUGGCUGCAUUGUGGGUCGGGUCGCAAAUAGAAUCAAAGAUGGAAAAUUUACACUCAACGGAACUGACUACUCUUUGCCUGUCAACAGACCUCCAAACAGUCUCCAUGGUGGUCACAAGGGGUAUGAUAAGCAGAUAUGGGAGGUAGCAGAACAUAAAAAAGGCGAUAAUGGAUCCAUCACUUUUAAGUAUCAUAGUCGUGAUGGGGAGGAAGGUUACCCAGGUAAUCUUUCUUUGACUGCAACUUAUACGCUUACUUCAACCACAUCAAUGAGACUUGACAUGGAAGCAGUACCUGAGAACAAGCCCACCCCAGUCAGUUUAGCUCAGCACACCUACUGGAACUUAGCUGGCCAUAACUCGGGGAGCAUACUCGACCAUGCAAUUCAAAUCUGGGCAAACCAUGUUACCCCUGUGGAUGAAAACACAGUCCCAACAGGUGAAAUCAAGCCAGUUAAAGGCACACCCUUUGAUUUCACUGCUCAGAAGAGGAUCGGUGAGUCCAUCCAUGAGGUCGGUAUAGGGUAUGACCACAACUAUGUUCUGGACUGUGGGGAAGAGAAAGAAGGCCUGAAACAUGCUGCAAGAGUGAGGGACCCAUCCAGCUCAAGGGUCCUUAACCUAUGGAGCAAUGCCCCCGGGAUGCAGUUUUACACUGGAAAUUAUGUCAAUGAGGUUGUUGGCAAAGGAGGCGCUGUAUAUGGAAAGCAUGCCGGGCUCUGUUUGGAGACACAGGGGUUCCCAAAUGCAAUAAACACACCAAACUUCCCGUCCAUUGUGGUUCAACCUGGUGAGAAGUACAGACACAGCAUGUUGUUUGAGUUUUCAGUUGAAUAAGUGUAAGUAAUUCUGUUGAACUCUAUUGAGGAGCAGAUAUCUGAGUAUGGUUUACAUUUGGUUUGCUCACUGCCUACAAGUGUUUAGAGCCUGAAUGAAAUCGUAAUAAAUGAUGAGAUGCUUUGCUUAUGUUAGAAUUAUUCUUUGUGAAGGACCUUUUAUUUUAUUUUAUUAACUCCUUCCAUGUUUGA